AUGGUCUCAUUCUCCGCCCUCUUCGUGGCUGCCUGUGCAGCUGUGACUGCCUUUGCUCUUCCCAACGACUUGGAAAAGCGAGCGAUCACCACCAACAAACAAGGAACUAGCGGUGGCUAUUUCUAUUCUUUCUGGACCACUGGUGAUGGCGCUGUGUCCUACAACAAUGGUGAUGCGGGUGAAUACAGCGUUAGCUGGACCAACUGCGGAUCUUUCACCUCUGGCAAGGGCUGGGAAACUGGCAGCGACCGAAACAUCAAAUUCUCCGGCUCUUUCAAACCCUCCGGAAACGCUUACCUCGCUGUCUACGGGUGGACUAAGAGCCCCAUGGUCGAGUAUUAUAUCAUGGAAAAUUAUGGAGAAUACAACCCCGGCAGUAGCAUGACCUUGAAGGGAACCGUGACUACCGAUGGAUCCGUCUACGAUAUCUAUACCCACAAGCAAGUAAACCAGCCUUCUAUCGACUCUGAUAGUUCCACCUUCGACCAGUACUGGUCUAUCCGCCGGAGCAAGCGCAGCAGCGGAACCGUCACCACUGCCAACCACUUCAAAGCUUGGGAUAAGCUCGGAAUGCCUCUUGGCUCGCACAACUACCAGAUUGUCAGCACCGAGGGAUAUAAGAGCAGUGGAUCCGCAAGCAUCACCGUUUCCUAA